ACCCGCCUCCAGCGCUGAGCCUCGUUCAUAGGCAGCCGUCCAUAUCUCCUGUCUCUGUAGCGUUAGCAGACCAACCCUCCACUCUCAAUCAGACAUGGCUGACCAACUAACAGAAGAGCAGAUCGCUGAGUUCAAGGAGGCGUUCUCCUUGUUUGACAAAGAUGGAGAUGGGACCAUCACCACUAAAGAGCUGGGGACUGUUAUGAGGUCACUUGGCCAAAACCCGACUGAAGCUGAACUUCAAGACAUGAUCAAUGAGGUGGAUGCUGAUGGCAAUGGGACCAUUGACUUUCCUGAAUUUUUGACAAUGAUGGCAAGAAAAAUGAAGGAUACAGACAGCGAGGAAGAGAUCAGAGAGGCAUUCAGAGUUUUUGAUAAGGAUGGGAAUGGUUACAUCAGUGCAGCUGAACUCCGUCAUGUAAUGACAAAUUUGGGAGAGAAGCUAACGGAUGAAGAAGUGGAUGAAAUGAUCAGGGAAGCGGACAUCGAUGGAGAUGGCCAGGUCAAUUAUGAAGAGUUUGUUCAGAUGAUGACCAACAAAUAAAUGGACUAUCAUGGACAAUCAGUUAACAAUUCACAUACCUCUUAUUGCAAAAGGUCCACAUUUAUUCAUACUUUAUAGACAACUUAAACUGAAGUCACAAUUUUCAUACCUCAUGUUGCUAAAGGUCCAUAUUUAUCCAUAUUUUAUAGACAACUUAAACUGAAUGUGAAAUCUGUUCAUUUACAACACGCUCAAAAAUGGUAAAAGGACAAAACCAAAAUGAAUCUGCAUGUACUGACUUGUGUUCCCUGACUCAGUGCUGAGCUGACCAAUCAGAUCCAACCCUUUAGCAGCCUCUGCAGUGGGCCUGUUCAGCCUCUGCUAUUCUGCUUCCUGGUUCCAUCUGCCUGAUGUCAUCACUAUUUAUGUUACUAUUCCUUUCUAUAACUUACUGUAUUAUUUAUGUUUCCAUGCAUGCAGCUUUAGGUGGGUUACUGUUGAGAGCCCAGUGGCAAAAGGCUGUGAGCGUCAGGUUAGUCUGGGACCUUUUAUUGGAGGGAGAAAACCCGCAUGACUUGCAGGUUUCUUGGCUACAUAAAGUCAGUGAUGACAGGUAUUUUUAAGAAAAUAUUAAAAUGGAAUAAAAUCUGUUUAGAUUUUGUGCUUCUAGCAUGUCCAGAGAAAUGCUUUAUCUUUCGUGUUUACCUUUUUAUUUUUAUUUUUUUUGGAGGAUGACGCCCUGGCGGGGCAUUGAUUAUGACCCUGUGGACAUGUAUUCUGUCUGAGGGGUGGGAUGGGUUUGAGGUGUUGAUGUACAACGGCAAUCUUCAGGGCAAUAUCAGUGUCCUACAGUAUAAUUAUGAAUGAAUGGCCUCUGUUUACAUGUAAUCAUAGUAUUGUGCGUGCGCAGGCACAGUGUAUUGCCCCAAACAUUGCAUUUGUCUCAUCGUCCUAUGGGGGAUGUUUCAUGGGGACGGUGCUUUGCAGCAUUUCUAUCUUGUGCUUGUGUGUGAGCGAGCGUGUGUGUAUGGGUGCGGCGAGACCCGACCCAGUCCAACUGUUCUGCUCAGUUCAGUUGAUCUGCAUUCCAAGUGUACAUGCUAGUCUUUACAUUUUGUUUUUCCAAUAAAAGACCAUGAACUCAAA